AUGAAUUUCCAUAUGCUCGCCCUGGUGGUGGUGCUCCUGGCGGGUCUGGAGCAGAGCUGGGCUGCCUCCUGUGUGGUGGACAGCUUCACAGUCAAGGAGGACUUUGACCCCAAGAGAUACGCAGGGAAGUGGUACGCUCUGCAGAAGAAGGACCCUGAGGGUCUGUUCCUCCAGGACAACAUCUCAGCGGAGUACACCAUCGGUGACGACGGCUCCAUGGUCGCCUCUUCCAAGGGCCGUGUCACACUGUUCGGAUUCUGGGUUGUGUGCGCUGACAUGGCUGCCCAGUACACUGUGCCUGACUCUGCCAACCCUGGAAAGAUGUUCAUGAACUACCAGGGCCUGGCCAGCUAUCUGUCCAGCGGAGGUGACAACUAUUGGGUGAUUGACACCGACUAUGAAAACUAUGCCAUCACCUAUGCCUGCCGUACCCUGAAGGACGAUGGAAGCUGUGAGGAUGGUUACUCCCUUAUCUUCUCUCGUAACCCCCGUGGCCUGCCCCCAACCAUCCAGAGGAGCAUUCGCGCCAAGCAAGAGGAGAUCUGCAUGGCCGGACAGUUUGAGCCCGUGCUGCAGUCUGGUACGAGCUUGCUAAACGUCUACCCCAAAGGAACUUGUGCUGCCAAAGGAUCCCUACUGGCUUGGACAGAGACACCUACUGACGACUGA